AUGGGCGGCGGUGAAGUCCCGAAGGGCUUUCCUCAGCCUAACCCGACGAUAUCUUAUUGGCAGCUCCCUCCCCAUGCCAUAGCCAACCACCGCACGACUCCUGUUCUGCCCACAUCAACCACAUUCGACUAUGUCAUCAUCGGGUCUGGCGUGUCUGGAGCAGCAGUGGCUUACAAGCUGCUCUCUGGCAAUCCCUCACUCUCAGUCCUAAUGCUUGAAGCCCGAACUGCGGCCUCGGGUGCGUCAGGGCGGAACGGGGGCCACUGUCGUGCAGGUUGGUGGCUGAACUUCAAGGAGUACGCGACCGCCUUUGGCGAGGACGAGGCACUCAAGUUCGAGCAAUUAGAAGAGCAGAAUGUCCAAGACAUUGCCGAUUUCGUGCGGGAGCACAAGGUCAACUGUGAUUUUCAAGACGUAGAGACGGCGGAUGCCUACUAUACUGCUCGAGGCUGGGCAGAGGUGCUUGAAGUUAUUCGGUACAGGGAGGAGGUGAGGAAGAGAAGGCAAGACGUGCAAUCAUCGAUCAAGAGAAAUGUAUGGCACGGCCAGGCGGCGCGAGAACACUUGGGUUUGCCGAAUGUCCUCGGAGCGGUCACUUACCCAGCACACACCCAGAACCCGUAUCUCCUUGUGUGCAGAAUGCUAGAGUUGAGCCUUGAGAAGGGACUCAAUCUGCAGACUACCACGCCAGCGCUCGCGGUAAAGCCGGUGCCUGACGAAGGCACUGCCAAGUGGGAGGUCCAUACGCACAGGGGCACCGUGCAAGGCAAGCGAGUCAUUUUAGCCACGAAUGCUUACACGAAUGCCCUGCAUCGAGGCAUCUCAGAGACCGGGUUCCUCACGCCCUCCAGAAGCCAAGUCACAGCAAUCAGACCCAGAGCGGAUCUAUCGAACCAUCCAGCUCGCUACAAGAGCGUGGGAGUCAACGAUCGGGGCUCUGGCGACUAUUUCAUGAUGCGCGCCCCGGGUCUGAAAGGUGAAGGCGACAUCUUGUAUGGGGGCGGCCGUAGCAUCUCCAAGACAAGGGAGAUGGGAGUCACGGACGACUCGACCGUCAACGCAGAGAUAGCAGCGUAUUUGAAGCAUGCGGCGGCGGAUGUAAUCGGGCGGGAAGCGUGGGGCGACCACAGUGUAGAGAUCCGAGAUUGGUCUGGCAUUACCUGCUAUACGCCUGACACCUUCCCGCUUGUGGGUGAGAUUCCAGGUGAGAAGGGGCUCUGGGCAUCUGUGGGCAUGAAUGGUCAUGGGAUGGCCAUGGCGUUUCGUAGUGCAGAAGCUCUGGUGUCGAUGAUGACGACUGGCGAUGAGCCGGACUGGUUUCCAAAGUCGUUCAGGAUCGGGCGUGCCUGGACGAAGCCGAAGGUGGACUUGCACCCGGAGCAGUGGCUCUAG